GCAGAAGAAAAUCGGCAUCUUUUUUGUGUAAACUUUUUUGAGGUUCCACUUUUUCGUGUUUAACCAUCUUGCAUUUCACCCCCGUUUAGCAUAUCUGCAAUUGGUAGCAGCUGCUGCUUUUCGGGAACGCCGUCCGUCGCACCUAACCUUCAAAAGGAGGAAGGCGAAAAACAAAACACAAUCCUGCUCGGAAAACUCGGUGCAGGUUCGAAGGACGCACACCAUGACUACGGUAAUCCGCCUGAAGCGACGGGUCGAUGAAGAUCCGUUAAAUGCGUUCGUGCUGAACUGCAAACGCCAGCGUGUCGAAGCCGGAGAAACCACGGACGAUCCGAACGCAAAUGCUGCCGAAUCUUCCACAAUUCUCAAGUUCGCUGGCACAUUUUCUCAGGCCGAAGGCGUCGCAUCGCAUCUACAGAACAUCCACAAAGAUCAAGCGAAGGAUGCCAUUUCACGGGUGCACCGUCCCAACAUCAAACCUCGGAACAGGGCCGCAGCCAAACAGAUCGCACAAAACGACCGAUUCCGGAUCGUUAACUGCACACGAUCCAUCACAAACGAGACCGAAUCAACGGUUGAUGGCAUACCGACCACUAUUGUUGAUGUUGAGCGGGACGAUGUGCGACUGCCGGAGGAAGAAGCAGCCCCUACCGCCGUAUCCUCUCCGUUGUCUGCCACUGAAGUAACAGAGUCGAACGCACAACAGUUGGUGGAGACUUACACAUACGAAAACGGUGUACGCUAUGUGUAUGAUCUGUACGUGGCCGACACGAGCCAGCAACAAAACAUUGCCCACAGUCCCUACUACACCGACAAUCUGGACGAUCUCAGUGUAAUGGUAUGCGAUGAUCCACUAUAUUCGCUGCAUCGUGGUGAUCUAGAUUCCGACGAUUCCAGCGACAGCGAUUCCGAUGAUUCAAACGCCGAGGAUAACUGGCGCAACGAGUAUCCAGACGAAGAGGACGAUGUGCGCAGCAUUGGCGAGGAAGAUAUGCGCCGUGCGGUGGAGGAAAUCGAUUUGGAUGGUGACCGUAGUCUGUCGUCGGACGAUGGAGAGGAGGCAUUCGUCUACCCGCCCACCGAUGGCGUUCUCUAUACUGACGAAGAGGAGGACUCGCUGAGCGAUAUCGGCGACGUAAACCGAGACGACGUGAAAAGGUACGGGACGGCGUACGCCCGUUAUAAAGCGCGCAUACUGCGAGAACUUGAAGGACGUGAUGGCGAAAGCAGCAGCUCUAGCUCGGAAGAGAACUUCGAUUUGUAUGAUUAAUCAGCCGUAAACAAGAGUCUCAAGGAUUGCUUAUCGGCAUAUUUCACUCAAAUAAAAGUAAUCAUUUC